CUCUAGGCCUCUUUUCCUUAAUUAAAUUCCCCCAGUCCUCCAACCCUCCCCCAUCUCACCAAGACCAUGUCCAGCAUACCCGAAAAACGCAAACAGCCCAGCUCCCUUGCUGGCGAAAAUCCCCACCCGAAACGAUCCCGUCCCUCCUACGCCGAAGAACAUGAAGACGACAUGGCCCCUACCGUAACUCCGUACGAACGUCCUCGGAACCACCCGAUCUACGGACAGAAGAGUGCUUUCCCCGGCCUCGACACAGCCGGAGACGAUGAGUUAUUCUACGGUCCAGCAGAGGAUGGCAUGGAAUAUCUUCGCAUGGUCCGGUCAGAAGCUAAUUCGCUGCCUUUCCUGUUUACCGCGCCCGGACCCGCUGAGCCACCCGUGAAGCAACCCGGUCAGAACGACGCCGUAGUAGACGCACCUGAGCAACAAAAUGAAGAGAAGAAGUCGGAUGUUGCACACGAGGGUGUCUAUGUUGAUGGAGUGUACCUCGCCGCUCCCAUAGCGAAUGUAGAGGUCCAACUGGAGACGACCGAACACGUGCAAUCGGAUGCGCAAUCUAGUUAUUAUAAUCUUCUACGCCAUCGGUUUCUUCUCCUGCGGUCUAUAUUGAAAUGCACCCCGCCGUCGGUGGCUAUAACGGCGCUGGACGAUUCACAUCCCAUCAGUCUACCCCGACACUCGAAGAAUGCGCGCAAAGAGUGGCGACAACUCUUACUGGCGGUGGACCCACAGACGGCGCAGUUGGCGUGUAUGGAUAUGGAUAGUGUGCUGGGGGUGUUGGGAAUCAUGGCGAGGCUGAUGUCGGAGAAUGUAAGGAGUGGUGAUGUGGCGCGUGUCCGACGGAUCGGCGCUUGGGCUUGGGGUUUACUGGGCAAGUGUCGCGACGUUGGACAGCUGACGUCUGAGGAGGUUGGGGAGAUUCGGGAUCUGGGGAAGCGUGCCGUGAAGAUCUUGCGGAAAAUGAGGGAGGAGGAUGAGAGGAAGCGGUCGGCUAGGGUGGAGGAGAAUAUGUCGAGUGGAGAGUCGGAUGACGAGAACCCAGCCGACGAUGGGGCUCAUCUAGAGGGAGAAAAGGGAAAGAAUGCAGAUGGGCCCGCCGAUACUGCUAGCGAAUCUCUUGACCACGAUAUGCCAGACGCUGAAAAAGAGCCUCUUGCGGAAGCGCUAGAAAUGGCCAAAGCACGGCUUCAGGCUACGAUAGAGGAAACCGAGGGUGGGCCUCAGCCCGUCGCACUCCAGGCUCAAGAAUACGAGCUCAAGACAGAAGAAAAUGCCGUCGAAGUCGCUAUACAAACCCGGGCAAUGUUGGAUAUGAUCAUCACUGUGGUCGGAGAGUAUUAUGGUCAGCGCGAUUUGCUUUCGGCAAGAGAGCCCUGGGAGGAUUCGACGAGCUUGUCUUGAAGUUCAGAAAUGGUUGAUUAAUAUUGUCCAUAAGUCACACCUCGUAUCCCAGGCCCAGACCUAGCCUUGGCUGAAGUACCACCAUCCUCCGUUUUCUUCACUACACUUUGCUCCACGUCGCGCUCUCUCCCGCAGGCUUCAGAGCCCAACCCUCAUAUAUACAGGGGCAGCAAAGCUUCUUCAAACAUGUGCGGCGUCCUGACAGUUAAGUCGCUGUACCUUUUCCAGAGCAGGGCCCGUGACAAGUUCUACUGCAGCGAAUUCCACAUCUGGCGCAUAACAGAACGUACAACUAGCCUCCAGUGACACCUGACGCCAGUGACUUAGCAAUUGUCACCAAUUUGCCGAAGGGAACCUUGCGCUCCUCUACCAUAUAUGAGCAGAAGAUGACACCCGCCUGCACAGACUCUUACAGCGGAUACCCGGACAUGUUGAGCCUUACAAUGAGACUGAACAGAAGGUUGGAACAUCUAGAACCCCCUCAGUGGGACCAAAAUAUGCGGUAACCAUCUGAGCAGGUUCGUCUAAUAUGGGUGAUACUAGGGCACGUUGAGUUUCCGAUCAGUUCGGAUAAUAAAUUUUACCAUAG